GUAAACACUCUGAACAACACAAAAAUCACACAGGACACCUCUCUUUUCUCUGAGACUGAGGUUUUACUUCUGCUCACAGACGGGCUGAGACAAUGCAGACAGCUGUGCUACUGGUUUCUCUGCUGGUUUUGGGAUGGACCAGCAGCAUUCAGGGAGUCCCACUUCUGUCGGAGCCACUGUUCCCCACACAGGAGAACUUUGAUCUGUCCCGGUUUUUAGGAACCUGGCAUGACGUGGCCGCAGCAUCUUCAUGCCCCUGGAUGAAACAGUAUGGCUCUGGCGCCAUCGGCAAACUGGUCCUAAAGGCAGGUGCCACCGAGGACAAACUCAUGAUGGAGAAAACGGGUCUCAGACAUGGAACCUGCUCGACGAUGACAGGAGAGUACCAACUGACCAGCACCCCGGGACGGUUCUUCUACCACAUAGAAAGAUGGCAGAAAGAUGUGGACGCCUACGUGGUGCACACCAACUAUGAAGAAUACGCCAUCAUCAUGAUGAUGAAAUAUAAAGCUGAUGGACAGAACACCACAUCUGCCAAACUUUACAGUCGGACGAUGGAUGUGAGACCCACAAUUCUAGAUGAUUUCAAAACUCUGGUGAUGGAUCAAGGGAUCAGCGAGGACGCCAUUGUCUACAAGGAGAACAAAGGCGACUGUGUUCCUGGAGAGCGUGUCCAAGAACCAACAUCUCUGCCUGAAGUCAAGAGGGUGAGGAGAAGCGUGCUCCUGGCAGAAGAGGAGGCUUCUGGGGACAUCGACGACACUCAGAGCUUUAAUCCUGCAGUGGACUGCAGCGUGGCACCCGACAUGGGUCCGUGCUUCUCACUGCUCCAGCGUUACUUCUACAACUCCACCUCCAUGACUUGUGAGAGCUUUUCGUAUGGAGGAUGCUCCGGGAACCAGAAUAACUUCAUCACAGAGAAAGAGUGUCUGCAGAGGUGUCGCACUGAAGCUGUGUGCCGUCUGCCGAUGGUGGGCGUGGCCUGCACUGGUCAGCCUCCCAUCUGGGCCUUUGACUCCACCAUCGGUCGAUGUGUUUCGUACAAACCAGGAUUCUGUCAAACCAACGGCAACAAGUUCUACAGCAAGGCGGAGUGCGAGGAGUACUGCGGAGUGGUGAAGGAAGUUUUUUUGUUUUUAAAUAGAACCUGAACUCCUGGAUUCCAACUGAGUCCUGAAUCUACAGCAUGAAUCAGCAACGAUAUCGAGUCUGACUGCUGAACAUCCAAAAGAAUGAGCAAUAAACAAAUUUGGACUAAA